AAGGUAUGAGCAGAAAGGGGCAGGGCGAAGAACGGAAGCGGAAGUAUCUGCGGGGUGCCGGCCGGAAGUAGGAAGCAGUCUAGCGGCGGCUACGGCAACGACGGCGGAGUUGGCGUCGUGGUCUCCCUGGUGCGGUUUAAAGAAGCGGCGGCUUCGCGAAGCCUGGAGAUGGCGGAGAAGUUUGACCACCUGGAGGAACAUCUGGAGAAAUUCGUGGAGAACAUCCGUCAGCUCGGCAUCAUCGUCAGCGACUUCCAGCCCAGCAGCCAAGCGGGGCUCAACCAGAAACUGAAUUUUAUUGUGACUGGCUUACAGGAUAUUGACAAGUGUCGACAACAGCUUCAUGAUAUUAGUGUUCCUUUAGAAGUUUUUGAAUAUAUUGAUCAAGGCCGUAAUCCCCAGCUGUACACCAAAGAGUGCCUGGAGAGGGCUCUAGCCAAAAAUGAACAAGUUAAAGGCAAAAUUGACACUAUGAAGAAAUUUAAAAGCCUAUUGAUUCAAGAGCUUUCUAAAGUUUUUCCAGAAGACAUGGCUAAGUAUCGAAGUAUCCGAGGUGAAGAUCAUCCCCCUUCUUAAGCAGUUUGCUUUCAUUAUGUGUUUCUGAAGAAGCCUGUUUACAACUUUCCUUGACUUGUCAUGCCUUUCCGAAAUGUUUGGGGAUACAAUGCUUGAGAUGAAAGUGUUCUUGAAAUGUGGAUCUAGAACGAUUAUUUCAAGGCCAUUACAUUUUACCUCAAGACCAUUGUUUUAAAAGAACUUUCACUGGACAUUGGCAUCUCUUCAAGUUAUACAAGAUAUGUAUAAUCAACUCUCAUUUCUCUUUCUAUGAAUGGUACUCCUUAGAAGUAAAAGAAAGUCAUUAUUGUCAAGUGCCACAGUGUUAAUAGUUCAUAAUCUGUUCAAUGUGAAUUGACAUUGGGUGGAGGAAAUUGUACACAGGAAAAAAAGGUCACUAUGAGAAAUAACUGUCAUUGUCAACUUUUUUUUUUUUACAUUGGCAAGCACAGUUUGGUGGAAGACUUGAAAAUUCGUCUGAGGAUUGUUUUUUUCCUUUGUACUUUUCAUUCCAUUUUUCAUUGUAAAAAGUUGGGGGUCCAUUAUGGAAGUAACUUACAUGUAAUUAGUGGUAUUAGAAUUUUGAACAGUUUAACUUUGAUGCAUAACUGAAGUUUUUUUAGUGUAAUGAUAUUAUUUACUUCAGUUAAGUCAAGUAUAUAUAAUAAAAUAUUUCCAAAUAUUGUUAUUUAACUCUUUAAUUUUUCUUCAAUAACAUUUUCACAGUAGUACUCUAUUCUGUAAGCAUUCAUUCCAUUUUUGCCUCAAGUUGUAAUAAUAUUCCUAUAUUUCAUCUGAAAACAUCUCAAGAAUUUUCCUUUCUUUUAAUAUUUGGUCAACAUUCAACUGCAAAAAAGUUAAAAUCUCAAUUUGUCCCUAACUUGGUUACUGUCUUAAGAAAUGGCUUAAGUGUUGACCAGGACAAUAUUUUAAAAUCAUUGUGUUCUAAUGACUUAAAUUUUACAUUUCACACAGAGAGACAUACUGGAGGUAGAAACUUAAAAAAUUGUGGUUAUCAUAGCAUAUACUUCCUGACCUAUCCGAUUCCAUCUAAAAUUAUGUCUAUUGGAAAAAAAACUUAAACUUCCAACCAUACAGUUUGAGGUAACUUCUUGUCAGUAAAUUGCUAAGUAUGUCUUAAUCUAUUUAGGUCAUGAAAUCUGUGUAUUUCACAUAAGAUUAGCUUUGGUUUCUACGUUGAUGAUGGCAUUUACACAGCUCAAAUUUUGGCUAAGUUGAAGGUAAUGAAUGGAGAAAGGGGAAAAUUGAAGGUGGAGAAAAUACUGGAAAAAAACCAUUAAUCAAAAUCACCUUUAUUUUACCUUUAUCUUUGAUGAUACCAAAAUACAUGCUUCAUUUGUGAGGAUAACAAUCACUUCCCUUUGUCAGGUGCCUUUUCUUAGCCAAGCUUUUUCAGCUUCAAUCUUUGUCCAUAUUGAUAUGUUGGACAUUGUAAGUUCCAUAGAAGCAGUCGUGAAAAACUGGAAAGAGUCCUUUAUUUGAUGUAAGAAUAUCUAGAUUUGAAUUCUGGCUUCUUAUUAAACAAUCUGAACCUCCAUUUUCUUUUCCUUUAUAGUGUACUUUGUGAUUGGUUUUACAAGAAAUUUUUGCAAUGUAGUGUGUAUUUUAGCCUCUUUUUGUUGAAUUAGAGAGGUUAACUUGCCCAAAGCUAUAUGUAAGUAGUCAAGUCAGAAUUUGAACACAGGUCUCCAGAUUCCAGCCCUAGUGUCCUUUCUGCUAUAUUUUACUUCUGUAAGUAAAAUUUGCUAAAUGUACCCCUCAAGACUAACCCGGGAUGGGGCAUCAACAGAUAUAAGUACAGAUCAGAUGCAAAAUCAAUUGAUAGAUUUUCUAGACAUAUGACCCUGGAGGAUUGACUUUGCCAAGUCUCAGUUGUAGAAUUGAGUUAUCAUUGGAAAAAUGCUAAAACUUCCUACUUCAUAGGGUUGUUUUCAGGAAAAUGAUUUACAAACCUGAAAAUUAUUAUAGAUUUGGGAGUUAUUCCAGUUAAUCCAGGGUAGUUUUUACCUGCUACAAAUACCCUUUCUAUGCCAUGAAUACAACAUUUCUAUUCUUUUUCAGUAUAGAUUCUGUAAUCUUCCUAGUUAAUCCAAUUUCCUUUUAAACUAUUAACCAUUCUCUGCUGUUUCUAAAUUAGGUGACAAGUCUUUACUUUUUUUUUAAUUGUAUAUUGGAUUGAUUCAAGUGUCCUUUGUGUUCAUGUGUCUUUUUAAAAGGCCUUUUUGAGGCUCUUCUAUUCUUGAGUCCAGGACCCAAGUCAAAUUGCUAUAUAAGAAUGAUUUUAACUAUUUGUAAGUAUACCUUUGUAGUGUGUAAUUUAUGAAUUUAUUAAUACCAUUUUUUCAUUAUAAUUAGAGAACUGAAUAGGAUCAUGAAGUAAAUCUUUGGCUGGUUAAGGCAUAAUGGUGGUGAUAAAGCCAACCCUGGGUAUUUUCUUGCUGAAUAAGUAUAUCAUACUGACAGAGGAAUGCUGUUUCUCAAACCUCCUCCACCUUCAACACCAUCUACCUCCCCCCAAUCUGCUUUUUUUUUUGCCAUUUGUAAUCUUAUUUUAAAAAAUAUUUUAUUUUUCUCAAUUAUAUGAAAGAGCAGUUUUUAACCUUCAUUUUAAAAAAUAAUGUUGAUUCCUAACCUUCCUCAGGUGACAAGUAAUCUGAUAGAGAUUUUACAUGUGAAAUCAUGUAAAACAUUUUUCUAUAUUAGUAAUUUUGUAGAAGAGAUCUCAAACAAAAAGUGAAAUGUAGUAUGUUUUAAUCUGCAUUCAGACUCCAUCAGUUCUUUCUCUGGAAUCAGAUAGCAUUUUUCAUCAUGAGUCUUUGGGAUUAAUAGAUAGUAUUUCCAACUAUAUCCAUAUCUAGUUAUUUGUGUAAGCUGUUAUAAAAGGAAGUGGAACUGAUGGGUUAACACAAGUCUAUACCCCCACUAUUGGAAAAAAACAACUCAAAACAAUUCUCCAUGUUAUAAGGUCAUGAUAUACAAAGUAGAGGUCAUAAAAUGUAUUUUAUUUUUUACAUUGAUAUUACCUAAAAUGUUUAUAUUGGAUUUACUCUCAUCCCUACUUCUGAAUAUGUGAUACUAAUGGUUUCUGCUAUAUAAGGUGAGCAACAUUUCCAUUUGUUUCUGAAAUAAAAUAUUUUGAAAAUUUGCUUAAA